AUGAGCUUUCAGCUCCACGUCUCCCCUGGGCCUUCCCAGCAGUUGCUGCACCAGGGGAUAGUUGUCAAGUACUCUGGGUCCACCUCUGUGGCAGCGCAGAAGAGUCCAGUACUCUCCGACAAUUUGAAUGCCUGCACGGCUUCAGCCUUAUCGAAACAGAUUGCAAAAGUAGGAACUCUCAGUUCUCAUAAAGUCAUAGACAUAUCUCUUUGUGAUGACGCGGCAUAUGUUCUACUCUCCACCGGACAGCGCCUGAAGCUAGCCGUUACUCCUCCUGAGGACCAAGCCGCCACUUCCCUUUUUACCUCCGCUCCUGUCGAAGACUUUGUAGCCUGGCCAGCCCUGUCCUUUCCGGGGCCAGAGUAUCUUGCAUGCCAGACGCGAGUCGUAGUCGUAUACAACUUUCUAUUCAGGCCCUCAAAUGUAUCUACCAAUGUUUUGGCAGAACAGCCAGAUAAUGCUGCUGGCGAGGGUUCGCAAAAGCACCUUUUUUCGUAUGUAGCGCUUAUUUUCAGCAAUCCACAAUUUCUACCAAUGAACAGAUUGCUUCUCGACGGUAACUUUCUAAUUACUAACUGUGCAUUUGAUGAAAGCACAGUUAUAGUAUCUCUUCUUUCCGGUCAUAUUCUAUUUAUAGAUCGUACACAGCAACUCCAAAAGCACAAUGUAAUUGACUCCAGCAACUAUAGCUAUUACGGUUUAAUUUCCUAUGCUUCUCUUGCUUCGCAAUUAAUGAGUGACUUCCAGUCAGCCUUUUCAGGCAAUUUCUCUUUCCGUGAAGCGAUCCGCCUUCUAUCUAUCUCCCCCUCCAAACACGUUCCAUUCAUUGCAUUUCGUGGUUGUGACUUUAUCCUUGCCAUGCCACUAGGAUGUAUUUUCAUAUUUACAAGGCAUAGACUACAUGACGGUGGCUCUAGUCGCCUAGUUCUUUCUCACGCCACAGUGACUCUUCCAUUUGUGCGCCAUGACCUCCCUAACAAGAGCUUCAAGAUAACGCACUAUGCGGCAAGCCGAGUUUCUUUCUUCCUGCCGGUCAGUGAUACCAUACUGAUCGUUGGCUAUGAUAAUUCUGUGAUUCAAUAUUACUGCUGGGAUGUUGAUGGAAUGGCACAUCCAUUAGAUGGUGUGGAUCUUUCUGCGGGAAGGAUAACCCAUAUUCACGCUGGCUUGAUGCUUUUAUCAGACUCCAGGGACUCGGCGUCCAGUUCGAGCACCUCUGGGCUUACACACCCAACACAACCAUCUAACAUGGUUCCCGUUAAGGUGCUUAUUGUAGCGACCAUUGGCUCGUCGCUUUUCUUUGUUGUCCAAUGCUUUCCCAAAAUGGCGCUUAUUACCACCAUUUCUGCUCCAGAAAGAUUUAUCGACUCUGGAAAAAUCUGUUCGCCUACUAAUCAGCAGUUUUCCCCUAUACUUAUUUACACUGCAAUUGAUGGGUCGCUACGAUAUACCCACUUCCCGAACGGGUAUCUAUUCCGAUCCGGUCUUUAUGAAUCCGGUGAAACUGCUCAGCAUCACGAGCGGCCAGACAAGACAGUUCAAAAGAUUACUUCACUCCUUAAAAAUGUCACCUGUCAAUAUGAGAGCGAUGAGUCUGCAUCUGAACUUAAUGUACUUAAUGAUAGAUCUAAGGCCGCCAUUCCUGCGUUUCUACUUAGUUCUAGUGAACACGAAGCUUCUUCGCACUCGACAGAAGAACACAAUAGGCCAAAACGAUCCAUUUUGGACAUAGGUAAUAUAAAGACUGAGCCCACUGGCUCUUCCCACCGUAGAAAACGGCCCCGAAAGUUAACCAGCAUUGGUGCACGCUCCAGUCUUUGGACUCCGUCAGUUCACAAUAAAGUGUUAGCUCUGGGUGAGCCAGCCGAACCUGAACUGCUGCAAUCGAUAGAAUCGCUUAGUAUUUCACCAUUCGAUAAUAAGUCUACAUCUCCCCAUGUAGCGCCAACAUUUCAGCUUGCAUGUAGACCCUUUGAACAAGUCAGUGUUCAGCUCGGUACUGAGCCGCUUCUGGUGGAGCUCCAGGGACUAUAUUCGCUUCUAGGGACAAUACACCGAAGGAAGUUAGAGACGGGAGAACGGGUGUCCUAUGAUGAUAGUUCUUUGACCAGACUUAGCAUUAUCCGCAACACCCACGAUCUGAUCAAAAGGACAGCACUUAUGACACAACGAGUUACAAUCUCAGAAUACCAGAAGUCUAUCUCCCCCUCUAUAAACAUUCAUAAGCUGUUGAUGUCACCAGAAAAUCUCACGCGCGCAACAGAGCUACUCGCUAGAAACGACCAGAUUUUUCGUUCAUCCAGAAACAGAAUUCUGCCUCACGUUCGAAAUGCAUAUCUCCACCUCAAGUAUGCUGAUAGAGUAACUGGAAAGGCGAAAAAGAGGCCAAGUAGCCCUUUCCGCUUGGCAAGACCCUUGGCCAAUCAAUUUGCCCCACUAACUAAAACUGGCUCCCUGACCUCCACCAUAUUCUCUGGUCCACGAAGAUCCUUGAGUUUAAAACCAUAUGGAAGUCAUCGUGGUGUGCACGGUCACCUUAGUGCUGAACGUGUCCUGAAGCACAAGGGGAGUCAUGCGUUUCGGUAUCUCCCUAUCCUAGCCCGGGAUCUUAUGCUCGAUAAUGUCUAUCCUGUUCUUAUGGAGCCAGAAUACAUUUCACGAAGUGCAUGGUCUCCCUCGCUUAAACCCCGUGAAGGACCACAUCACCUAACUAGUAUUAUAAUGAGAUCAAGAAGCAGGCAAACAGAGCUAAUCACUCACAGACAUACGGAUAACUUCAUUGGUGUACUCCGCAGCAAAGUGCUUGAGAAACCGGUAGAAGGAACUCUCAAUAGAGUCAAACACAAGGAGAAGGAAAGGGCCCGCCCCAAAAUAGUAGUUAACAGAUAUGAGCAUAUCAAAGUGAUAGACAAAGAGUUAUUGAAGGACCUUCGCCGCUUCAAGGCGCUCAGGCUUGGCCGUGACUUAGGAGGUAGAAUUCUUCGAGACAAGGCAGUUCUUAGUGCUCUCCUGACGGGUAAAAAUGCCUCUGAGAACCUGAAAGGCCUUAUCGAUCUUACCAACCACGAUAGCAUGUUCCUGGACGACAUUCUUUCUAUGGGUAAGAAUAUCAUUAGCAUACUCGAUCCUGAAAACGACUGCAUUCUUGAAAGCAUCCCAGCGUCUAGAAUGGCAAGCAGUCGCAAAGGCCUGAGACCUGGUAAUCUCACUGAUCAUGAGAGCUCCACUCAAAUGGAUGCCGUCGAGAUCGCUCGUCUUAUUACACCAAAGGAUACUUCGUUGAGGACUCUGCAGCACAGUAGGCCACCUACUGCAGAGCAAAAGGAUCUCUUUGGGUUUGAUCUAAUGAACCAACUGCUUCGUAAUUUCGACUAUAGACUAAAUCGGAGGCGUGUGCGGAGCGGCAUAAAUGGCAUCAUCACUGUUUCUGAUGAGUAUACCAAAACAGUUUUGCUCCGAAGAUCAGCCUCGUUGCCAACAAUUGAGACCCUUAAUAGAAACAGGAUUGAUUUGGCCACAAAACUAGAUUCCAUUUUGGGCCAUGAGAUGGGGAUAAGUAGAUGGGAUGAGGACGCAAAUCGUAGCUAUCGUGCACGCAUCCUUUCAAUAGAUCGUCUUUCUGAUCCUGAGAGCAGCAUUUGGGAUACUGAGGAAACGUUCAGCUCUUCCUACAGCUCUGUGCCGAGCGAUUUAGAGGAUAGCGGGGUAUGUAUUCCUAUGCCUGCUACAAGUUUGGUACCAUUCGCUGCACGGAACUGCUUUUCAGCAGAUGCGCCUAGACGAGUGAAGUUGUCGUUAGACAAAGACCCUCUUCCUAGAAGAUCGUAUUCUGCUAGGCGAGCCGCUGAGGCGACACUCAUAAAUCUGCAACCUUUAGACACAGACCUGUAUGCUACUCGCAUAGCUACCUGUGGAACCAUAGAUUUAGGAAUAGAUCUGGAUAAUGACAGGGCAGUUACUCCGACAGGACGUGUGCACCCUGAUAAUGUUGACAGUUCAGGCUCAGAGGGUCCUUCAGAUAGCGAUGUGCCCCGCUUGAACUCCGGGACAAGAUCUCCGAGCCCUACUACAUCGUUGUCUGAUACCAUAUCCAAUGAACCCACUGAAUACGCACCAUCUAUCUUCGGCAUUAGAGGAGAGUUUGAUCCUAAUCAAUACGUCGUCUCUUCGUCGUAUCUCCCUGACCUUUUGCUUCGUGCAGCGCUUCAAGAUUUAAAAAAGCAAAUGGCGACUACGAGCAAUACAAAAAGGCCUUUACCCCUGCUUCGAGACGAUUGUUCACAAAUAUUUAAAGCAUUGCGCAAACCAUCUAUUAUAUCCAACAUCAAGGUUCAGAAAAAGCAAAGUCAAUACGGAUACAACCCGUUGUCCCGGUACUGCAUGCAAAACCAUAUGUUUUGUCCGCGAGAGCACUUCGAGCUCCGCACUCUAGCCACGAGAGAUGUAGCUCUUGAUGUAAAGCGGAGAGCAUAUUCAUUUGAUAAGCUGGAGCCUUUAAUUCUCGCUAAAGAAAAGUAUGGACAAAAGCCCAUACAGUCCCAGCGUGCGCAUAACCAUCUUCUGAAUGCUGACCUUAACGACAACACGUGCCUGUCUAACUGUCCAGAUUGGUCGCUUAGAGACGAUUAUGACUAUCUAAGUUUUAAGCCUAUAAAGAGCAGAAGAUGGGAAAGAAGAGGAUAUGCUGACCAUACCGGUGCAUCGCUUAUUACAAACCAACAACGAACCCCGCCAAUAGUACAGCAAUCUACAACCGUUGCCCCAUAUACUUUUGUUGGAGACGAAGACCAUAGAGCUGCUGUUAGACUCAAAGCGUUUACUACCCACGCAGAGACCCUGGCCCUAAACCGGAUAAAGCGAAGACAAGCAAGCACUCUGCCACUUAUUACAAAAAUGAGGGCCUUUAAGAAGCUUUUCACCAGAGAACUAUACGAGGAUUGGGCCAGAUUGUAUCGUCACAAUGUGAUCAGAAGGGAUACCCUCUACGAUGAUCAGUUUGAGGUUACCGUCAUGAAGCCAACGUUUCCACUAUAUUAUCAUGUAAUGACAAACAAAACUGAAAUGGACGGAAUGAUCAAUAACAUAAUCAACGACGAAGCCGACGGCUUAGAGUCGGUUGUGCAUGCAAAUUUAGUGGUUACAAAAGCGCAGUUUCCCUUUUCUGGUCCUCAAAAUCAGUCUAUCGAUUCUCUCUUUGACGACAUGCAGUUAGCACUAGGCUCAUGGCCCGAGCAGCAGUCUGAAGAAAGCAUGAUACCACAUCAUUAUGCUCUUCCUCCUAAACCACCUUAUUACAACCCGCGAAUUCCUGUUGUUGACUCCUUCGAUGGAUUCUAUGAUCCUGCUUCUAUUGUUCCACUGGAGCCACUCCUUCCAGAAGGAGAGGACGGAAUCCAGCUGCAAAUUGGCGUGUUUACACCAUAUGCGUUUUGUCUAAAGAAUCCCGAGUUUGUUGAUAACGAAAAGCUAACAACGGUUUUAAAUCCAGUUGCAUACAUGAGCUGCAAUGACGUUAUACUGAGUUCUUCUCACUGUGAGAAACCGCAUAGUUUCCUAGCAAAGCAUUUAAAGGAGGCGGGAUACCCCCUGGCUGAUGGUACUGACAAUGAACCAUUAGACUUGGAGCAACUAGACUCGCGACAAGGCUGUCUAGCAUCCUUUGAUGUCAGAGUCAAUGAGUUUAUUACAUCUUUCUUUAGUCUUUCCGAGGCUAGAUCAGAGGACCUUCCAAAAUACCACAAGGGUAUCUAUGCUCACUCAGUUCAUUCAUUGCCGUCGCAUACAGAAGGUUUCCUUCCCAGGGUUCGGCUUUCCAUGCUCACAGUUGGGCAGGCAGCAAAGACAGUAUUCAUACGAUAUUUUCAAUCAUUCACGCCAGUGCAGAGGAAGAUAAUGGCCCAGACUGCGUCACGAGGCAUUACCAUUGAUUACAACCGGCUUAAUUAUGUUCCAUAUUCAUUUUUGCAGCUACUGUUGCUCUACUCCACUGCACUAGCAAUCCUUGAGCUCCUGAAGGGCCAAAGAUAUGCAUCCAAGCAUCCAGAACAAUCAGUGCCGUUACCAGGUUCUCGCCGGUUGCGUUAUAUUCUUGAUACGCAAUUCCCUGUAGAGCCAAUCCUGCCGUCCAAAAUGAAAAAUAAAAAAGAUAGCUAUGGACGUGCCUCAUCAGACGUAUAUACAGAGCCAUACUUUAAUUUCUAUAGUGUCCAGGCUGUACUGACAUACAGCUGCGAAACCUUUGUUCGAUAUUUAUUAAUAAUAAUAUACUAUGUGCGAUUGUGCAAUCUGGAGACCUGCAUUUCGAGAUUUGUGGAUUAUCAACUUAGGCGAGUGCUCAAACAGGAUGCGUAUAUACAAGAGCUUUCAGACCCAUACAAAGGUGUGGUGAGAAUCUAUGAGCAAAUGGAAACUCACAUUUGCGCUGUCCGUAGCUUGCAAAAGGUCAAGGAAUUCAGCUGUGUCUACGAAGAUUGCCUUCGGCAAUCUAUAUUUAAAGCCGCUUCGGGUGAAGUUUCAGUAACUCGACCGUUUCCCUUUCUAACAUACUUUGGGCCUCGAUCAGAUCUUGCAGCCUUGUCCCGUAUACUAGGGAAAACUCUAGGAAUAUCUGCAGAUUUGCUACCAAUGCAAAGUACCACCUUAGCCGUGAUUUACAAUGACAGUGACUUAAAGGCGGAAGCACUUGAGGCCAUUCUAAGUAAGUAUGCCAUCGGCUGCAUGCUUGAUGAUACAAAAAUGCAUAUCCAUGGAGUCUACGCUGCGAUUCUGAAUCGUUUCCAACUUACCAAGAGGACUCUUGCGAGCGAAAGUACUCAGUACUUCUCUGGGUUUAUAACCAACUUAGUUGCGAUACCUCUAUCUAUACUAAUUCUACUCAGUAGAUUGGAAGAGAUUGAAUCGCUAGACAUAUCGCAUACCCAAAAGGCCGUUAUUUGUCGCAAGUUACACAUAGUAUUGCUUGAGGCAUACAUUAGGGCGUUCAUUACACACAAGAAACUAUCGCUGGCCAUAUUUUCUCCGUUGGUUCCCAUGUAUGUCCAUACCUUUAGAAUUCCAAGGUCAUCAAGCUACCAGAGCUAUGCAUCAAUGCUCCGUCAGAGGCAGCAUGCUAUUUAUAAGAUUCUUUAUAACGCUUCUAUGCACGAAUUGCGGCUGCGCAUGCACAACAACUAUGUAAUACAGCAUCCUGAUAUAACAGGUGUCAUUGGAAUAGCUAAAGCAAAUGCGCUCUCUCACUUCUUCUCUACUCACUUUCAUCCUGCAUAUGUGGCUGGCUAUGUGAAGUAUACCGUUUGCCACAAGGUAAUAAUAGGUGAGGGGAUUUAUUCCGAGGCAGAUAUUGGCGCCAAGGAUGAGUCAUCUCAGUUAGAUGCUUCAACUAUCUCUAUCCCCGGCAAGGCCUACUCUGAGCUACGUGAUAACCAGUCUGAGUCUUCUCUCAAUCUUUCGUGGUAUACGUCACUCUGCAACGCCGUGAUUAAGAAUCCAUUGGCAGAAGGAAUACAAAAAGCAUACAAGAAUAGAUACUCGUAUGACCUCUAUGAAGACAACGUUUCUCUGUUAGAGCAAGUCAACCAAUCCUCCUACAAAGGAAACUCGCAAUUUCUAGCAUUAGUCGCUACAAACAAAUUUGACGAGCUGCGUCGAAACAUUGAGGAACGGAGACUUAGCUUAGACAGAGGACGCCUUAGUGAAGAGCCGACAGGCCGGAGCAUUGACCAAUCAAGAGAGGACCUUCCCGCCCUUGGGAGGAGCAUCUUUCGCAAUCGGAUAUUAGACACGUUGAAAAGCAGCAUUGUAGAUCCGGCGCAGAAGAACUUCGGGGAUAAGAGUAUGAUUGAAAGGUCAUCGGCGGAGGAGCUAUGCAUUAGUGAAUCCCUCGGGGAUUCUGUUCAGGCUGGUGAGCGGAUACUUGCGAAUACUACUGUGCAACUCCUCAAAACACAGAAGCUGGCGCAUAACAUAUCGAACUGGACUGAGAUUGCAAAAGAUGAGGAAUCAAACCUGGAGCAAUCCUGCAUAGCAAACCCUCCAGACGCUACGACGCAAAAUUCAAAUAGAGCUAGCGUUGACUCUACAUAUGAAUUGCGUAGGGCAUUUACUGAUAUCCGUGUACCUAGGUAUCGUACAUCCAGUGUACUGGUGCAUACUAACACAAAGCGUCUUGGAAUCUUACUCAACAAACCAUUGCCGUCUAUUCCUGCCGGUUCCACUCAUAGAUCUUCUUUCAUAGAGGAAGAAGAGUUAUUCGCAAAGGGUAGGAGGAGCGCUUCAAAUGCUUAG